AUGAAGCUUUCCUCCGCUGUCGCUCUUCUCUCUGCCUUUGCUCUGCCCGCUUUCGCGACGCAGUACAAUGUGACCUAUGACAACUUCUAUGACAAUUCAGCCACCUCUCUUUCCCAAGUCGCCUGCUCCAACGGUGCCAAUGGCCUGUUGACGAAGGGCUACACCACUUUCGGUUCCCUUCCGUCUUUCCCUAACAUUGGGGGCAUUCCUGGCGCCACUUGGAAUUCCGCCCUGUGCGGUACCUGCUGGCAUUUGGAGUACACCACUCCCACUGGGAAAUAUGAGAGCAUUUAUGUCACCGCUAUUGAUGCAGCGUACACAUUCAAUCUAUCAGAGGAGGCAUUUAACACCUUGACGGACAACACUGGUGUCGCCGCGGGCAAGGUCGCUGCUACCGCCACCCAGGUAGCCAAAAGUUUCUGUGGCAUGUAA